UUGCAUUUCGCAGGAGAAAGUCCCGUGAAGUAUUCCCAGAGUGACAAUGGCUACCUACAGUCUGGCGAACGAGCGACUACGCGCCCUGGAAGAUAUCGAAAGGGAAAUCGGCGCCAUCCUUCAGAAUGCAGGUACGGUGAUCCUAGAAUUGUCCAAGGAAAAAACCAACGAGCGGCUUCUAGACCGGCAGGCGGCGGCCUUCACCGCUUCGGUGCAACACGUGGAGGCGGAGCUGUCGGCUCAGAUCCGCUACCUCACCCAGGUGGCCACAGGGCAGCCCCAUGAGGGCUCCAGCUACUCUUCAAGGAAGGACUGUCAGAUGGCUCUGAAGCGAGUGGACUAUGCCCGCCUCAAGCUCGGUGAUGUGGCCCGAACCUGUGAGCAGAUGCUGGAGAAUUAGGCCAAGAAGGUUGAUCGAGAGCUUGGAGGGAGACCAUCACCUGCAGAACAGAACCUGGGAACCUGUAGGAUGGGAAACAUGGGCCGACACAUACAUGCCCUCCUGGUCAGAGUAUACUAGGACAAAGGGGCAAAAGGUGGGAAUGAAGAAAUUAAAGCCCAGCCUUCCCACAGCUAUCCCCUGGCUUCACCAACACAGUGCUCCUGCUCGGCACUUGACAAACAUGCCAACAAGCUCAGACAGGAGAUGGAGAUUCAGACACCCAACCCACUUCUUCAUGUAUUUCAUGCCGCUGCCCCAGGUUUCCUGCACACUUGGCCCAAUGAAGAUACAUUCUUCUUCAUUGGAAAAGACAAAAACAAGAAC